AUGAAAGUUUCAAAUGAAGCAUGUUUAAGUGCAUCGAAACUUGAUAUGGAAUGUCAUUGGUGUUUAACAGCUAAUCUGUGUAGUAAUGGUCGUGAUACACUUUCGAAGGCUUGGAUGAUUAAUAAUUGUCCAAAGAUUAAUAUGCAAAAGGAUAACAAAAGUGAUCAGAAGGAUAAGAAAAGUGAACAAAUGGAUAACAAAAGUGAUCAGAAGGAUAAGAAAAGUGAACAAAUGGAUAACAAAAGUGAUCAGAAGGAUAACAAGCCAAUGUUUAAUUACCUAUAUGUUUUGAUACCAUCAGUCAUUGGUCUCGUCCUUGUAUGCGUUGGCUUCAUCGUGUGGUUCUGGUUAUCUAAAAGACAAUAGAGGAAUCAAUGAUCUUCUUAGAAUUUGUUUUUUGUAUCAUUAUUAUUGUGCUGCAUAGAAACAAUGAUAUUUUCUUGUUGUAAUUCAUUUCAGUAGUAUAGUCAUAUUAUUUUGUAG